AUGGAUCUUCAUCUAUGGAUUAUAACGAAGAUGAUGGUCAUUUUGUCUGAAGUAAUUUUCUUGCUUAGAGUUAGUGAUGCAACUCAAAAUGCUAGAUUUGAUGAAAAUUAUAAGAUAAUUUGGGGAAAUCAGCAUGUUCAACUUCUUAAUCAAAGGCAAGAAGUUCAGUUGACAUUGGAUAAAUCCUCAGGUGCUGGAUUUGGGUCAAAAUUAUACUUUGGAUCGGGAUGCUUUCAAAUGAAGAUUAAGCUACCGGCUAGAGAUUCCGGUGGUAUUGUUACUGCAUUUUAUUUAUUUCUAAAUACAACUGUUCACGAAGAAAUGGACUUUGAGUUCCUGGGAAAUCGGCCGGAUUUCCAUUACUACAAAUUGCUAUGGAACGACCAUCAAGUUGUGUUCUUUGUAGAUGACACACCAAUAAGAGUAUAUAAGAACAACAUAAUUAGAGGUGUUGGGUACCCUAAUCAUACAUUGCAAGUGAUUACGAGCUUCUGGGAUGGAUCAAGUUGGGCUACUGAUGGUGGAAAAACGAAGGUUAAUUAUUCAAAUGCACCAUUCCACGUCAAUUUCCAAGAUUUUAACAUUGAUGGGUGCAUCUCGAUGCCGAAUAGUCCUAAUAAGGAUUGUGCUUCUCAAAAGUAUUGGUGGAACAAUAAAAAAUAUUGGCAAUUGAACCCCCAACAACUGAAAUCAUUAGAAAAUGUAAGAAAAAAGUAUAUGACAUAUGACUAUUGUACUGAUAAGAGUAGGUAUCCUACCCCUCGUCCAGAGUGUAGUUAAAAAUGAUGGGUAAUAAUUUGUAUUACAUUAAUUAGAUAUUUUAUAACUAUAGAAAUAAAACUAAAUGAUUAUGGUCUAUCAUUUCGUAAGAUGUACAAAUU